GAAAGCGACAUAUUCUCGAGAACCUACAAAGCCUACUCCACUUCCUACUUUAAGACUGUGAGUAUUGUUCCUUUUUCUCUUGUUUUCUGUACAGUUCACAUUUGUUGCGAAUGAUUCAGUGUAAUUCUUGGUUUAGCUGUUCUUGCCGACGCCUUUUCUGUCACAAGUAAGAAUGUGUUCCAUAUGAGUUGGUUGAUGUCAACCUUUUUAGUUGUGUACCCUUUCGCUCCGUUUUUGGUGCGAGACCUUAUGCAAAUACCAGAUUGGCGGCAAAAUGAAGUUGGAUACUAUUCGGGCUUGAUUGCUUCCUGUUUUACGCUUGGUUCUAUGUUUGGAAGCCCGUUAUGGGGAGCGUUGAGUGAUCAAGUCGGUCGAAGGCCAGUAAUACUUAUUGGUUUAGUCGGAGACUUUCUUUUCAUCAACCUUUUUGGAAUGGCUUCAAACAUUACCACUGCUCUUAUUUUCCGCUUCUUGCACGGCCUUUCCAGUGGGAAUAUUGCUGUAGCAAAAACUUACUUGGCAGACAUUACUGACUCUAGCAAUGAAUCCGCAGCUUUCGGGUUAAUCGGACUGACUUUUGGAGUUGGAGUAGUAAUCGGUCCAGUUAUUGGUGGCUUCUUAUCUCGGCCUUCAGUGCAUUUUCCACACUACUUUCCUCCAGGCUCCUUUUUUGAUCGCUUUCCGUAUUUAUUACCCUGUUUGCUGGUCUCAGUUUAUGUAUUUGUUGAUUUGUUUUUUGCCUUUUUCUUCUUGGAUGAGAGCAGGAAAAGGACGUGGUUGAACAAUAGGGAAGAACCUGCAGAAUACAGUUAUGGCAUUGCAGGAGAAAGUUUUCCUAGUCAAGAACAGGGAAUAACAUUAGAUGCAACAUUUACGGAUGAUAUUAUGUCGAUAGCACGAUCAGAUUAUUCAUCAGUUAGAGAACAAGAACGAAGCUAUGUGGAUAGAAAUCUGCUGGAAACAUUUGAAAGACAAGCAGGCGUUACUCCUCGAAUGACCCAAAGUUUGUUUUCCUCUAUUCCUUCAACCGUACCUGAACACUCUGUUGAGAACUCAUUACGAACACCCUUGCUAGAUACGGGGCGUUCUCGAAGUUUUCUGGGAGGUUCUCCGACAGCAAGGUCUAUUCGUGGUAGACGUGAAAGGCAACGAUGUGAUCGUGAGUGGGAUGAGCGUUCCUUGUGGAGUUCCCGUGAGAGUUAUACAGAGAACCGUGGCCCAUACUUGACAGAAGCUAUACCGGAGCCAGAUGAAGGAGAGUUAGACGGAGGAAGUAAGGUCUUGUCUUCCUCACAACAGAGCUUUUCACGAUCAUUAGACAGAAGCCUCCUGGAAAAGGAAGAUGAGGCUGAGGAAGGUGAAGGUAACACCUUGGAAGGAAAGAGCAGUCAAGUACCGAUCACAACCGAGGAUGAAGAUUGGUUUUAUUCAGACGACUUCGUGAAAAGUCGUGGUAAUUCAUCUUUGACUUCUCAAAGGAAAGAAAGUGAAAGUUCCAGCUUUAUGACUUACGGUUUGAGUGGCAGCUUCGGAGCAGCGACUGCAAAUAUUCUUUCUCCCUCUCUUCGACCCAAAGCACCACGAAUAGUCGACCGUUUAAGAUUGGAUGAGGAAGAUAGAAGUGCAAUUCAAGAGAGUGCUGUAGAAGAGACCUCUCUCUUUUCUCCUGAUGAAGAAGGUACGGUUCUUCCAGAACCCACCAAUGCAACUAUCGAAAAUAAGACUUUCCGCCACGUUCUGAUAGUUGCUGUGUUGAUCUCUUUUACAUUGCUUGCAGGUGACGAGGUGAUUCCUGUUUGGGCCUCCACACAACCUCGUUUUGGAGGUCUUGGAUUUUCUUCCACUGAUAUAGGCAGUGUACAGACUCUCAGUGGGGUCACAACAAUUUUAGUUGCCUUGUACAUAUUUCCUUAUAUUGCACGGAGAUUGGGUGUAGUGAACACCAUCAGAUUGGGUUUGUUGGUAGGAAGUGUCAACUAUUUGUUGCCUGCAGUGAUCGUUACUUUCGGAUGGAGUAGAAAGGAUACGAUGUCUUGGAUAAUUUAUACAUUGUUUGAUAUAUUCUUGGCGUUCUUUGAACAGUGUUGCUGGGCAGGCAUCGCUUUGAUUGUCAAGAAUUCAGUCCAUCCUUCUUCUGUAGGAUUGGCUCUGGGUCUUGCACAAGGACUUCAAAGUGCCGGUUUUGCUGCAGGACCAGUUAUAGGUGGUUCGCUAUUUGCGUUUGCGAUUUCUUUAGACUUACCGGCACCUUUGAGUCAUGGGCGUUCAUUUUUCUACUUGGAAAGUAGUUUGUUAUUUGCCAUUUUCCUCAUUGCAGCGUCAUUGCCUCGGUGGCCAUGGAAGGUGGAGUGUCACAUACGAUAUUAGAGAGCUUUUAGCUUUGUUGAUUGUGUAAAUCUUUUACUGGAGAUAGUUUUAACUAUAACCUUUCGUGUUGUUGUAUGCCAAGGUGCAAUAGAACAACAUGAACAGCUAAUAGAUAUACGUACUAGAAUAGAAUAGGAAACUUAUUUUAUAGAUUUAACAGCGUUGUUUUGUGAUAAAGCCCAGUAGUUGCAAGAUUCGGUAGUUGAGUAACCUUUACAGACUAAGACGACUUUAACAAUUACUUAUUUGGCUUAUAGUAAUGAAUGAGUAAAAAAUCUAAAACGCUUCCAUUCCGGAAUACAUUCGCUCGUAUGUCAAGUAUCCGAAAAGCAAACUUUCUGGUUCGCCUUCGCCACAAGGAUCAAUACUGUUUAGUAAUGUCUUAAGCCAGAAAGGAUUUAUGUAUAAACGAAACAGCUUGGCCAAAAAUUCCAGAACUUGUUGCAAAUGUUCCAAAUAGUUUUAUCCCGUUUCUUCGGAAAUUCACCGUAUCUGCUACAUUCAUACUGAUGGUUUCUCGAUGCAUAGACAAAUUCUUCCUUCGAAAUGAUUCAAAGAAAACAGCAAAAUGCAAUAUAUCAACUAAUCAAAUG